AUGGCUGCGAUAAGUGAGGAAUACCCCCCUGAAUUCUCCGACGAAAGAGGUCUCGCCCUGAUAUCCGACAUCGUAGACUGGCAGAUCAACCAUGGCUCACUGCUCAAACGCAUUGAUACUGAGACUCAGUUCCCCGACGACGCCCCCCAAUGCUAUCCCGUCGGUGUCACAGUCUUUCCUACAUUAUUUCCCCGUGAACAAUUUGACCGCGCAUGUGGACUACAAAUUAUCUACAAUGAACUCUAUUGCGCCAUGGCUGAGGAUGAGCACUGGAUCUUCGAGACAAUCCGAGACAUGAUUCCGAUUGAUCCCCUCGCUGCAGCGCUCUGGGGCAUCCAUGAGGAGGUGAAAAAAGUCGGAUAUGCGCAAAAAGUAUCGGUCGGCAUUUUCCGAUCGGAUUACAUGCUGGACGCACCUGGGAUGGAGUUUCCUCUCCGACCAGGAGAGACUUUCGAUGGCUCCCUGAAGCAAGUCGAGCUUAACACGUUCUCGUGCUCCGGGGCAACCCAUGCGAACAAGGCUGCGGAUAUGCAUCGCUACCUUGCACGCACCAAUGCCUAUGAUACUGGAGAUGACCGCCAAAUCAACAUCUCACUCGAUACUCUACCCCGUAACAACAACAUCCCAUCGCUCUCUGCAUGCCUGGCCGCUGCUCAUGAUGCAUACGGGCCGAAGAAGAGCAGUGUGGCCACCGACACCGCCGUUCUAUUCGUGGUGCAGCCCAACAAUUUCAACAUCGCCGACGAGCGCCCUCUCGAAUACGCAUUAUGGGAUCGCGACCCACCCGUUCCCGCUUAUCGAGUCGACUAUCCCAAUGAUUUCCUCCAAUACACGACGUUAACCGAGUCGCGAGAACUCCUGUUCCAUCCACCAUGGUUAGGGUCGAAGUGCGUUGAGAUUUCGGUCGCCUAUAUGCGCGCCGGAUACGAGGUACACGAAUACGACACAACUGGCAAAGAAGCUCGCCUUCGAAUCGAGCUUUCUACGGCGAUUAAAUGUCCUUCACUUUUAGCACACAUUUGCACGUUCAAAAGAGUCCAAUGCGCUCUUACAUCACCGGGUGCGCUGGAACACUUCAUAUCUCCCGCAAAAGCAGCGCUUGUCCGGUCAACGUUUGUUUCCAUGUAUCCACUCGACGGCUCUGAGGCUGGAUUCCGCGCUCGACGUCUUGCGACCGAUCCGGAGCUCUCGCGGGAUUAUAUUUUGAAGCCAUCGUUGGAAGGCGGAGGACAUAAUAUCUUCGGGGAGGACAUUCCGGAUUUUCUGGCUUCUGUUCCCGAGUCUAAGUGGGGCGCCUAUAUUCUCAUGGAACGCAUUCGGUCGCCGUCUGUGUCUAAUGUCUUGUUAUCUUCGGCUGGAUUGGACUCGGGGGGUGUUGUCUCGGAAUUGGGGGUCUUCGGGACAUGUCUCUGGUGGAAGGGCACUGAGGGUCGACACUGUGAGAUGCUUCUGAAUUCGGUCGGUGGAUGGUCCUUCAAGACUAAACAUGAAGAUGUAAAUGAGAUGAGUGUUGUGAAGGGAUAUGGGUGCUUUGAUACGCCGCUAUUGUUUUGA